AUGGACUUACUCGAGCUCCUUGAAUCUGACUGCUUUGGUUCUUCUCGGCCAUACAAGUGCACACACGCGCCAUGCACCAAGUCGUUCGCGCGGCGCUCAGACUUGCAGCGGCAUAUGCGCACGCAUACACAAGAGCGGCCGUAUGCUUGUCCGUUUGCGGGAUGCGAGAAGCGCUUUAUUCAACGCAGUGCUUUGUCUGUGCACAUCAAUGUCCAUACAGGUGAGCGUCCAUUUGUAUGUUCUGAAUGCCUCAAGGCCUUUGCAGAUACAAGUUCUCUCGCCCGGCAUCGGCGCACGCAUUCGGGGCGUCGCCCGUAUAAAUGCCAAGUACUCGGCUGCGAAAAAGAGUUCUGCCGACGCACGACGCUCACGAAACAUAUGCAGCGGGUGCACCCAGAGGAAGAUCACCCCAUGACGCCAUCAUCUGUACUCACCUUUCCACACAUGCCGCCUAUGCCACCCACGACCGCAAUCAAGAAUGUACCAGGUCCGCCCACGUCGGCACCAGUAAGUGCCCCGUCGAUGGUGCCUAUGCUAUCGUUUUUGCCACCUCCCACGACGCCCGUGUCGAACAAAUCAGGCACGACCCUACCACCAGCCAUGAACACAGAAUCUUGCUUACCUUCAUCCGUGCAGGUCCAUCAUCGCAUGAGCGUUCAAGUUCCUACGCCCGCGGUGCCACUAACAUCCUCACCGAGCGUAGGAGGCUCGAGCAUGACCGCGUCACCCUACUGCUGGACCUCUCCACUCACGUCCACGUUCCCCCAUACGCCCAUGUCAGCGCCCUUAUAUUUGCCCUUCCAGACAGCAUCUUCAUCGCUGCCCUUGGAUGAAAAACAGGCCCCCCCUAGGUAUCCUUGUCUCGAAUACUCAUAG